GCUUUACCAUUUCAUUUUGUAAGCUAAUUUUGACGCUGAAGAUAAUCAAACGGCAGCGGAAGAAUUGUCACUCCAAACUCGGGGUUCAUUCCAGUCAAGCUAAAACCCUACCCACUUCUGAAUCCAAGCUUAAGCCCUGCCUCAGUUUCCGGCUCCGAGUCUCCUUCUCUCUGCUUAUUUCCAGAACGAAACAGUUGCUUUGGAUUUGGGGUGAUAUACUCUGACAAUGGCAAGUGAAGAUGAUGAGUUAAAAAAGAAACAAAUGAUGGACGCUAGGGCAAGAAACAUUAGUCGCAAUGUCCGGUGCACCGAGUGUGGCAGUCAAUCCAUUGAAGAUUCACAAGCAGAUAUCGCAGUUCUCCUGAGGAAGUUAAUUCGUGAUGAGAUCCACUCUGGGAAAACUGAUAAAGAGGUCUACAAAAAGCUUGAGGAUGAUUAUGGGGAGACAGUACUUUAUACCCCAAAGUUUGAUCUACAGACAGCAGCCUUGUGGCUAUCACCGCUUUUAGUUGCAGGUGCUGCUGGAGGAAUUUGGGCUUACAACAAGCACAGACAAAAGACUAACGUCCACAUCAUGGCUUUGAACCUUGUUAGAGGUGUUCCGUUGACCCCGAAAGAAAAGGAAACCAUGCUAGACCUCCUUACACCUCCUCCUCCAGAAAGAGCUUCUCCUUCCUCCUGGUGGAAUAGGUUGCGUGCUUAAUGAUGUGUAAUCCUACCAAUUACUUGGGAAAGGUUGGAAAUCAACUUCUUGUAGAUUAUCAUUUCAUUUUGGUGGACUUCUUCAUGACAAUGAAGUUUGGUGGUUGUACAGUUGUGCACAAUGCUGAUCAUGGAGCCCUGUUUGUUUAUCUUUUCUUGAGUGAUAUCAUUAUGAUUUCACAUUAAUCAAUUAAGAAUUUGAUCUGCAUCAA